AUGUCAGAACAACAACCAUUAUUAAGCUAUACAGAUAAUGAUGAUAUUGGCAAGCGUCAAUCAUGGUAUCGUCGAAUAUAUGCAAGAUAUGUUGUGGCUACAUGGGUUUUCUUAGGUUUUAUUUGUUUGUAUAUGCUUCGUGUCAAUUUAUCAGUAGCUAUCGUUGCUAUGACUGUACCACGAAACCUUAAAAAUGAAUCUGUAGAAGCAUGUCCAUCGAGUACAAACGAUUCAAGUGAUACUCCAUCUAAGCAUGAUAACUUUGAUUGGAAUCCUCGUACACAAGGUUUUGUACUUGGGGCUUUCUUCUAUGGUUAUACUCUUUCACAAUUUAUCGGCGGAAUACUAGCUGAACGAUUUGGUGCUAAAUGGAUUUUUGGUUGUUGUCUUUUAAUAGCUGGUAUUCUUACUCUACUUACACCAAUUGCAGCUCAAACUCAUGUUGGUCUUCUCAUUGCUAUUCGUAUUCUUAUUGGCAUUUUUGAGGGUCCAGCAUUUCCAAGUGUAGGUGCAUUGUGGGGUCAUUGGGUACCACCUUUAGAAAGAAGCAUCAUUCCACCGAUUUCACAUGCUGGAAAAGAAGUAGGUGUUGUAAUCACAACUUCAUUAGCAGGACUUCUAUGCUCAUCGAAUUUUUUGGGUGGUUGGCCAUCAGCAUUUUACGUUUUUGGUAUUAUUACUUGUAUAUGGUUUGUUUUCUGGUGUUUUUUUUCUUAUAAUACUCCCUUUGAUCAUCCACGAUGUACAGAAAAAGAGCGAGUGCAUUUGAUGUCUUCUCUUCCAAAACCAAAGAAGUUAAAAACACCAUGGUUAUCAAUUGCUUGUUCACUUCCAUUUUGGUCGAUUGCUAUUGUAUCAAGUUGUAUUCAAUUUGUUUAUUAUGUCUUAUUAACAUCAUUACCUACUUAUUUUGCUACUAUAUUAAGAUUUAAUUUACAAAAAAAUGGUUUAAUGUUUGCUAUUCCUUAUAUAUUCAUAAUGAUUGUUAUUAUUAUAAGUGGUCAAGUAGCUGAUCGUGUUCGAGAUCGACGAAUUAUGUCAACAACAGCUGUCCGAAAAAUACAAACUGCUAUUGGUGGUGUUGGUUCGUCUUUAUUUUUAGUACUUAUCGGUUAUGUCGGCUGUAGUAAAGUGGCAGCUAUGUUUUGUAUUACAUUAGCUGUUUCUUUUAUUGGUUUUCAUUCAAGUGGUUGUCAAAUAUCACAUCUUGAUAUUGCAAGCAAUUAUGCUGGUACUCUUGUUGGCAUUACGAAUACAUUAGCUGCAGUACCCGGUAUUAUUGCUCCUUAUGUCCAAACAUUACAUGCUUGGCAAAUCAUUUUUAAUUUAUCAGCGGGUGUAGGUCUUUUUGGUUGUGUCGUAUAUUGUCUAUUUUUUAAUGGUGAUGAACAAACAUGGAAUCAAAGUGGUUUACAUGAAGUUCCAGAUCCAGUACAAGAAUAA